AUGCUUCAAGCCCGCAAGAAAAUCGACAAGAACUUCAAGGAGGACAUGUACGACCAAUGCAGGAAGGAAAAGCACAAACAUUUGUGCCGUAUCGGUGCGAAGAUUUAUUACGCCGGUGUGAGGGUCAUGGGAAGGAGGGAUUUGGUUGAGCCGCAGAAGACCAUGAUGCAUGCGACUGGAAUCGCGAACGCUACCGCCGAAGAUACUGCUGCCAUUGCCGUCAACUUGGAUGCUGAGAUUAGUGCUGAAGAGAGGGCCCAGAAGGUGUUUGAGGCUUGGAUUGCGGAGCUGCGAGCGCAUCCUGAGGUGCUGAUGGAGAUGACGGAAAGGGAUCUGGAGAAUGUGGAGGUGGCGCUUGAUGAGGGGAUUGCGGAUAUUGAAAAGGGUGAUGAGGUGCAGGAAGAGAUGGCUGCUGUGGGUCUUUGA